GAUCUCUUCUCUCUCUUUUUUUUUUCUCUCUUGGAAAUUCAACACAUACACAUACACGAGUUGUUAAAUUCAAUAAUAUUAUUAUUUAUUAAAUUAAGCAUAUAUAGACUUGCAGGAUCAACAAAGUACAUUGAACUCUAAAGUAUUCAAUAAUUAUUUUAAAUUAAAUACCAAGUAUCUACGUAUAAUGAAAAAUGAUAUUAUUAUCAGUGUACUUGUUAAUUGCUACACUUGUAACAGCAUCAACAACAGCUAACAAAACAAUUGAUUCACAAAAAGAAUAUCGUCCAAGAGGUCCACUUAUUAAAUGCACAUUUUUACCUAUGGAAUUUAUUGAGUGUGAUGAACUGAUUGAUCAUAAAGGCAACAAAACAGCCAAAGAAGUUAAUCAAGGUCUUGGAUGUGUCAAGUUUGGUGGUGCUCGUUAUGAAGACGUUGAAAAAGCCAAAGCAACAUGUAGAGUUUUACCAGACAUUGAAUGUCAUGGUGAACGUGAAUUUAAUCGUAGUGGAUUUCCAUGUGUUAAAUACAGUGGACAUUAUUUUACACUGACAUUAUUGUACAGUAUUUUAUUGGGUUUUUUAGGAAUGGAUAGAUUUUGUCUUGGCCAAACUGGUACUGCUGUUGGUAAAUUAUUAACACUUGGUGGUCUUGGUGUAUGGUGGAUUGUUGAUGUAUUUUUACUUGUUACAAAUUCACUACUACCUGAAGAUGGUAGUAAUUGGAAUCCAUAUGUAUGAAAAUAGCAAAAAACAAUAAACAUUUAUUAAUGUAAAUAAUUAAAUAAUUAAGCUUUUGAUUUAUAUAUUUUUAUUGUUAUACAAA